UGUUUGCUCUUUUCUACAAUCUGCCUUUCAACUUGUCACUUUUCUUCUUCUUGUUGUGCAUCAUGAAGUGUGUUUACCUCUACACUGUUGUGUUGUUGUUGGCAGUGUGUGACGUCACUGUGGCAGGACCUCUACACGCACAGUGCACAGUACAAUGGUAUGUCGCGAUACCGUGUCAAGCGGUUUAUGAAUCGCUGGUAUCGCAGAUCAAGAAGUGGGAAGGCAUGACGGGCUGCACCAGUGGAGGACAGCGCUGCUCCUACACGCUACAUUCUGCCACGGUGCACUUUAUAUCUGCCAAACACACCACUCCAUUGAAGAGGUACCAACAAGUCAUCAACUUCCGCCUGGUGCCAUACCACUUCUUCACUGGAUGUCAUAUUUCUGCCAUGUCCAUCUCCCAGACCUGGUUUGUGGUCCGAGACCACGGCAACAACUACUGCAACCUCUACAACCUCAUGGAAGGAAGUAGUCUCACAGAGGUCAGAGGUUACAGGGAGAUGACCAGUGACUUCUUAUGUACUCAACGCUCCUCAGCCAACUGUGCCCUCGACUGACUUGUACUGCAACUACACUCUUCUUUCAUCAUCGUUAUUAUUAUUAUACGGUGGGUACGGAUUGAUUUUUGCCUCAUACCUGUGAGAAUCCUGCGUGUGAUUGAAAAAGGAAGGAAGCUUUGAUUUAUGAACAGAAUUGCUCACGUCAGUGAAGGAUAAACAAAGUCAAUACCUUGCUGGUAUUUGCUAUUAGUCUGAUUACCGUAUUUUUCGGAGUAUAAGUUGCACCGGCCGAAAAUGCAUAAUAAAGAAGGAAAAUAAAACAUAUAUAGGUCACACUGGAGUAUAAGUCGCAUUUUUGGGGGGAAAUGUAUUUGAUAAAAGCCAACGCCAAGAAUAGACAUUUGAAAGGCAAUUUAAAAAUAAACAGUGACGUGCAGUCAGAGGAGGCAGGGAAGGCGGGGCCUCACCUGCCAUCAUGUAAAAAAAAAAAAAGUAAAAAGAUUUAAAAAAAAUUAAAUUGUUGUGUGUAUCCAGUGAUUAUACUAUAAAGUUAUUUUCCAUUUAACUUUUAGAUUAUUUUUAUUCAAAAUCGCUGAAUUUUCACAUUUGCCGUUCAAAUACUGAGAAGAGACUUGCGGUGAGUCACCAGCCAGUUGUGCCUCACCAUGGAUUGCGCAAUGACUGGGCUAACUGCUGGCCUGCUGUGCAGUGAGAGCGUAUUGCUAUAUGAAUUAUAUUAUACAUUUAGCUAGCUGAGGUAUAUAAUGUACAGUGUAUUUUGUCUACAACUGUAUGUGUGUCACAUAUUUCUUGUGCUGAGCAUUCAUAAAACGGCUGCGAAGACGCACUGGCUGAGGCUCGCAGUAAUCCCGCCUCAUGGUGGUAGAGGGCGCUAGUGAUCCCAGGGAUCAUUCUUGCGACUACUCGGCUGCAGAAGAAGUGACAACAAGCAGCAACAGUUAGCAGCGAUCCUUUAUUUUUUCCUCUCGCCUGGACUUUUAACAUGGAGGAUUACAUAUCUAAAAUAAAACACUUUUCUAAACUGGACUUUCAAUGGAAGCAGGAGGUAAUAAUUAAAGGCCUACUGCAAUGAAUUUUUUUGAUUUAAACGGGGAUAGCAGAUCCAUUCUAUGUGUCAUACUUCAUCAUUUCGCGAUAUUGCCAUAUUUUUGCUGAAAGGAUUUAGUAGAGAACAUCGACGAUAAAGUUGGCAACUUUUGGUCGCUGAUAAAAAAGCCUUGCCUGUACCGGAAGUAGCGUGACUGUACCGGAAGUAGCGUGACGUCACAGGUUGAAAGGCUCCUCCCAUUUCCCCAUUGUUUACACCAGCAGCGAGAGAGAUUCGGACCGAGAAAGCGACGAUUACCCCAUUAAUUUGAGCCAGGAUGAAAGAUUCGUGGAUGAGGAACGUGAGAGUGAAGGACUAGAGUGCAGUGCAGGACGUAUCUUUUUUCGCUCUGACCGUAACUUAGGUACAAGCUGGCUCAUUGGAUUCCACACUCUCUCCUUUUUCUAUUGUGGAUCACGGAGUUGUAUUUCAAACCACCUGGGAUACUAUAUCCUCUUGAAAAUGAGAGUCCAGAACGCGAAAUGGACAUUCACAGUGACUUUUAUCUCCACGACAAUACAUCGGUGAAGCACUUUAGCUACUGAGCUAACGUGAUAGCAUCGGGCUUAACUGCAGAUAGAAACAAAACAAAUACGCCCCUGACUGGAAGGAUAGACAGAAGAUCAACAAUACUACCAAACUCUGGACAUGUAACUACACGGUUAAUGCUUUCCAGCUUGGCGAAGCUUAGCAAUGCUGUUGCUAACGACGCCAUUGAAGCUAACUUAGCUACGGAACCUCGACAGAGCUAUGCUAAAAACAUUAGCUCUGCACCUACGCCAGCUCUCAUCUGCUCAUCACGACCCGUGUUUACCUGCGUUCCAGCGAUCGCCGGUACGACGAAGGAUUUCACCCGAUCACCGAUGCGGUCGGCGGCCCGGAGACGGAGGAAGUCAAGGUGAGGUCGGCGGCUAGCACGUCUGCUAACCAUCUCAAAGUCCUCCUGGUUGUGUUGCUGCAGCCAGCCGCUAAUACACCGAUCCCACCUACGACUUUCUUCUUUGCAGUCUCCAUUGUUCAUUAAACAAAUUGCAAAAGAUUCACCAACACAGAUGUCCAGAAUACUGUGGAAUUUUGAGAUGAAAACAGAGCUUUUUGUAUUGGAUUCAAUGUGUCCCAAUACUUCCGCUUCAACCGUUGACGUCACGCGCAAACGUCAUCAUAUCGAAACGUUUUCAGCCGGAAAUUUGCCGGGAAAUGUAAAAUGUCACUUUAUAAGUUAACCCGGCCGUAUUGGCAUGUGUUGCAAUGUUAAGAUUUCAUCAUUGAUAUAUAAACUAUCAGACUGCGUGGUCGCUAGUAGUGGCUUUCAGUAGGCCUUUAAAGGAUCAUCUCCAUCGAGACAGAGAGACUUUUAAAACUGAAGAAAGAUAAGGAAGACUUCUAUAAACAAGUUAUCGAUGCUUUUGUUCAAAAGGAGCUGCGCAUGGACUUCAUUUAUAAGUAAAGGUAAGACCAUAAUAACAUUUUUUUAUUAAAUGUGCUUUUUUGUGUGCUACAGUUUGUAUGUGUAAAGUUAAAGUUAAGUUAAAGUACCAAUGAUUGUCACACACACACUAGGUGUGGUGAAAUUUGUCCUCUGCAUUUGACCCAUCCCCUUGUUCACCCCCUGGGAGGUGAGGGGAGCAGUGGGCAGCAGCGGCGCCGCGCCCGGGAAUCAUUUUUGGUGAUU